AUGUACGGCACAAAAAGCGCAAUACGCGCUCUGCAUUCUAAUGCCCGGCAGUUUUCUACAACCGCCCGACUCCCAGCGUCCUCGGGCCUUAAGAUCAAUUCAGAACGUCUGUGGAACACAUUGCACGAGACAUGUGAAUGGGGUGCUGCGCAUCGCUAUGGCGAAAACCCAACCGACACGGGAAUGGCUCGUCUAACUCUCAAUGAUGAUGAUGCUCGUGUGCGCAGAUGGUUUGCUGCCGAGGUCCAGACAUUGGGCUGCUCACUUUCUGUGGACCAGAUGGGCAACAUGUUUGCACAGCAGCCCGGCCGGUUGAAGUCCAGUGCUCCAAUGAUUGCAAUGGGAAGCCACUUUGACACUCAGCCUCGUGGCGGUCGGUACGAUGGCAUUCUCGGCAUGAUGGCCGCGCUUGAAGUUCUUCGGACGAUGAAAGAAAGCGGUUUCCAGACUAACUAUAAUGUUGGAGUGGUCAACUGGACCAAUGAGGAGGGCGCCCGGUUUCCCAAAUCAAUGUGCGCCUCAGGCGUCUGGGCGGGAGCAAUUCCGAUUCAACAAGCGUGGGACCUGCGCGAUAUUCACGACCCGAAUGUGACGCUCCGCUCUGAGCUUGAGAGACACGGAUAUCUGGGCGACAUUGCUUGCUCCAGCAAUCCGGAAACUGGAUAUCCACUCGGAGCUCAUUUCGAGCUGCACAUUGAACAGGGCCCGAUUCUCCCAGGGAAUGGCCGAUCAAUUGGCGUCGUUCGUGGUGCGCAAGGUUACAGAUGGCUGACUUUGACCGUUCACGGGAAAGAUGCUCACACUGGAACGACACCGUUCAGCGCGCGCCAGGAUCCAUUGCUUGCAUCUUCGAGAAUGAUUGCCGCUUCGCACGACAUUGCUAAGAAACACGAUGCCCUGGCCUCGACUGGUAUUAUUAGAGUCCCUUCUAACGCAUCUACCAACACUGUCUCGUCCCAGGUGACUUUCACUCUUGAUAUUCGACACCCGCAGGAUAGCGUGGUACAUGCCGUGCAGGAUGAGUGUCUCAAAGCCUUUGAGGCCAUUGCACUACAAGACGGUAAGGGUGUGUCCUUUGACUGGACGCUCGAUACAGACUCGCCGGCUGUGAAGUUUGACGACAAUUGUGUGGCGUCUAUUCAAGCUGCGGCAGAUUACCUGGUUGGGCGCGAUCAAUCGAUGCUCAUGACUAGUGGUGCGGGCCACGACACUGUCUAUACUAGCAAGCACUGUCCAUCUGCCAUGAUCUUUGUCCCUUGCCGGGAUGGUGUCAGCCACCACCCGACUGAAUAUUGCAGCCCGCAAGAUUGUGCUCUGGGUACGCAAGCUCUUCUUGAAGCUGUCGUUCAUUAUGAUCAAUUCCGGGCGGAGGCUGAGGGACAGAAAUAA